AUGUAUGUUGACAACGAAGCAAAUGAAGAUGAUGAGUCUGAAGAUAGGUUGGACGAAAUGUUCCGUGAUGUUGGAGAAGAGUUCACAAAUCGAUCAAAUGAGUUGGAUGAAUUAUUAAAUGAUUCAAAACAGCCUUUAUGGCCCGGGUGUAGUAAAUAUACUCGCUUAUCUGCUGUUUUGAAAUUAUUCAACUUAAAAGCUGGGAAUGGAUGGAGCGACAAGAGCUUUACUGCUUUACUUGAUUUAAUAAACGAUAUGCUUCCAGAAGAUAAUGGACUCCCGAAGAGUACAUAUGAUGCAAAGAAGAUUAUGUGUCCCAUGGGUAUGGAGUAUGAAAAGAUACAUGCUUGUCCUAACGAUUGCAUAUUGUUUAGGAAUGAUUACAAAGAAUUGAAUGCAUGUCCGAUCUGUGGGGCAUCUCAGUACAAAAUAAGAGAGCAUGUUGUUGCUUAUGGAAACCUGGCUGGGUAUAGUGUCAAAGGACAUAAGGCAUGCCCUAUAUGUGAAGAUAAUACAUGUUAUACACAACUUGUCCAUGGCAGAAAGACAGUCUACUUGGGUCACCGGAGGUUUCUUGAUAGAGCUCACCCUUACAGGAGAUUAAAAAAGGCUUUCAAUGGGCAACAAGACUAUACAGAUGCUCCACAACCAAUGACUGGGAUUGAAGUUUAUGAACGUGUGAAAGGUAUAAAUGUUACUUUUGGUAAAACUCAAAAGCUUAAAUCUCAAAGAGGUAAGAGGUCAAGAGCUAAUGUUGAGCAGCUAUUGCCAGUGGCUGUUAGAGGUAUAUUGCCCAAAAAGUUGAGAUAUACUAUUAUAAGGUUUUGUUUCUUUUUCAAUGCUAUCUGUGGACAAGUGAUUGAUCCAGACAAACUAGAUGAAUUGCAAAAUGGCAUUAUUGUUACAUUGUGUCAGUUGGAGAUGUAUUUUCCACCGUCAUUUUUUGAUGUCAUGGUUCAUUUGGUUGUACAUCUGGUGCGAGAGAUCAAACAGUGCGGUCCUGCUUAUUUGAGGUGGAUGUACCCAUUUGAACGGUACAUGAAAGUCUUAAAAGGUUAUGUGAGGAACCAAUAUCGACCAGAAGCAUCUAUUGUUGAAAGCUAUAUUGCUGAGGAGGUAACUGAAUUUUGUACUGAAUAUUUGGCGGGGGUAGAAGCUAUUGGUCUUUCUAAGUAUCGACAUGAAGGAAGAAGUGCUGGGAAAGGUACUCGAGGACGCAAAGUAGCCGGUAUGCCUCAUGAAGAUAUUGAGGAAGCACAUUUGUACAUCUUGCAUAAUACAAGUGAAGUCGAGCCAUAUUUAGAUGAGUACAAGCCACUGUUUAAAGAGCAAAAUCCACGAAAGACAGACAUGUGGAUUGUGAGCGAACAUAAUCGUACUUUUAUUAGUUGGUUCAAGAAUAAAGUUCUGAAUGCUACUAACUAUUCUGAAACAGUACGAUGGUUAGGUCAUGGUCCUUGUAUGCAAGUCAUAUGUUAUACUGGAUAUGAUAUAAAUGGAUUUUCUUUUUAUACAAAAAAACAAGAUGAAAAGAGCACUAUGCAAAACAGUGGAGUUUCUUUGGUUGCAAAUUCAGUGCACUUCAGUAGUUCGAAAGAUAAAAAUCCGGUCAUUGCAGAGUUGUCAUAUUAUGGUGUGAUUGAAGAAAUAUGGGAGGUUGAUUAUGUUCAGUUCAAAGUGCCGAUGUUCCGAUGUAAAUGGGUAGAUAGUAAACACGAUGUUAAAGCUGAUGAGUUAGGGUUUACACUUGUCGAUUUGAACAGGGAAGGUCACAAAAAUGAGCAAUUCAUAAUGGCAUCCCAAGCAAAACAAGUAUUUUUUGUUACUGAUCCUAGUGAUAAAAAAUGGUCUGUUGUUCUUCAUGGAAAGAGACAAAUUACUGGUGAAGGGAAUGAAGAUGUUAGUUAUGAGAUUGAGGAAAUACCACCCUUUUCUUCAAGUUUAUUACCAGUUAUUAUAGAUAACGAGAUAGAUGGAGUGCAUGCAUCACGUGAUGAUCAUCAUGAAGGGCUAUGGGAGAAUUGA